CCGCUGUGCGUCAAAAAGAAGAAUUCAUAAAGCUUGGUGCUCAAGAACUUAUAGAACCACGAUUGUGGGAUGCCUUUCUAGCACACUCCUCAAAACGGGAGAGUUACGUAUGAAAAGGAUCAAAUUGUAUAUUUAGAUUUGCAGGAACUAUUAUUAACAGGAGAAAAUUGCUGUUUUUAAAGUUAUGAGCAAGUGCUAUUACCUAAUGACCCAAGGACCUGGAGGCGAAGAAACUAUUCAUCAAGAUGAAUUAAAUGUUCUCUGUGAAGUGACCAAGUAAACAAAAAAACUUAUGCAUGUUCAGGCUGCAUUUCGUAGCUAAGGGGCUAUGUUAUCUAAAGCUUCAUUUAGUUAACUUUAGAAUCUUGGCUACUUUUUAGAAAUUCUCUAGUCAGAUUCUCACUCCUCAAAGUUCUUUAGAAUGUUUAUAAAUACUUAAGCCCAAUGUUCUCUAAAGUUGAGGAAGACUUUUAUCUAUGUUAAAAUUCAUAUCUUUAUAUCCAUGUGACCCCAUUCUGCAUGACUAUAAAACUAAGUUAUUACAAAAAAGUAGAGCUGAGGAAUGUAUCGAUAUUAUUUAGACAUCAUGGUAUUAUUAUUUUUAAAAUUAUAUCACGAGAUAUCUUGAAUACCGUCUUUUACAAUUAACAUUGUAUGAACACCGAUAAAUACCAAAUACGAUAAUGUCGUGAUUAUCGAUAACCAUAAUUUUCAAAUAUAAUAUCGCGAUCAAAAUUGACAACAAUGAAUGACGAAUUAGACAUUAUCGCGAUUAUAAUCGAUAGCUAGAAACAUCUCAUACGAUAAUAUCACGAAUAUUAUCGAAUGCAAUAUUAUCAUAUAAGUUUUUAAAAAUUUCAUUUCGCUAACAAGAAUAUUAAUAAAUGUAAAAAUAAUGUAAAUUAGUUAAAUUGGGAAAACUUUGCAUUUUACAAAA